UUUUUUUUUGUUUUAUUGCUGGCCGCGUCAUCCGAGAAUGUCCGGUAGCUUUGUUGGGCAGUAGCUCCAGCUUGAUUUCUGGGGUCAAGCUACGAAAACGGUUGACUGUUGGUUUGAGAAAAAAUAAGAUCAAAAUUACGCCACUGUGAUGGCGGUGCCCCACAAGACUUUUCAGUGGUGCCCUUUCCACAUGCCGUUUGACUCGGAAAACUCUGAUCACUUUAUACGUGGGAUUAACUUGUUUGGACAGAAAACAGCCUAAAAUCUGAAUCCUUAGCUUUUUAGCCUGGCAGGAUUUGGCUUGAUAAGGCACAUGUUUUUCCACUCUCAAGGCUAAUGAUAGGGUUCUGUAGAUCUAGACCCCCAGAUCAACGUCCAAAACCACAGGCCCUAUCCACGAGUGCGUUAGCUUCAACGCCACAGUCUAACGUCGGACCGGAUAAGGAGCGAAAGCAAAAUAAACCAAAAAAAAGAGAAACUCACGAUGAUCCGAGAUAAAUAUCCCGUCGUCAAAGCGGUUCGACAAGACCGAGUACCCGUCGAACCGCAAUCCCCCAACGGAGGGGUCCUUGACAAACACGUGAUCGAGACGCUUGUCGUCCCAAGUCAGCAGCGCCGUGAAUGCAGUGUACGUGUUGGUGUUGCCGUGCAACCUCUGCUCGGGCACGAGAUCCCGUGAGUCCCUCAUCGCCGUCGCCAAAGUCUUGUACGCCUGGUUCUGGUCGUCCGAGUUGAGGUCGCCGGCGAAGAAGACGGGCGACUUGGACGCGCCGCCGUCGUCGCUCUCCCACUCGCCAGCCAGGUCCACGAUCAUGUCAGCGCUCCGCUCGCGUGCGACCUGGCCCAUGUGGUCAAAGUGCGUGCAGAGCAGCACGACCCUGCCGCCCGUCUGCCGGUGCCUUAGCCUCGCCGCCGUCACGACCCGCGGGUACGCGGCGUCCCAGCCCUUGGAGCCCGGUACGUCGGGCGUCUCGCUGAGCCAGUAGGUGCGGUUCGCGUCCAGCUCCCACGUGUCGGGCCGGUACAGGAUCGGAGAGAAUUCGCCGCCGUCUCCACCGUCGUCGCGUCCCACGCCGACGUGCGCCCAGGUGCCCUCGGUGCCCCCCACAACGUCGACCAGCUGCUGCCGGAGGACCUCUUGCAUGCAGAGGAGCGACUCGGGGCGGUUGGACGUCUCGUAGCUGAGCUGCGUGGUUAGCAGCGGGCGGCGGUCGGCCCAUGGGCGCUCGCCGAUGGUGGGGAUCACGACGGCCUGGCGGAUGUUGUAGGAGAUGAUGCGCAGCGGCGUGCAGAGGGCCGUGGUCGCCAGGAGGCUGGCGGUGAAGGCGGUGGCUUUCAUGGCGGGCAACGGAAGACGUGAUGUCUCGGGACUGCGACGCUUUGCGGUUUGGGUAGACUGACGCAGGAAUAGUUUCCACGUCGAUUCAGAAUGGGCGUGACUUUUGCGAGUGCAACUGGGCUGGUAGAGCCAUGUUUAAGUGCUCGACGCAUCUAGGUAUUCAUAAGGCAAGUUGCCUCCACCGGAACGACCUUUUCUACAUCUUGGCAGCGCGUAUGUUUUACCUGGUUGGGGAGAGUUCGCCGACGAAGAGGUUGCAAUGCGACGCUGCAUACGCCCUACAAAGCGUCAUAGUCUUGGAGUUGACUUGAGAGACUGGUGGUUUUGCUGGCCGCGUGCGGGGUUGAUUGGAGAGAAGAGAGCGGCGCGGUUUGGCGCCAGGGCUCAAUGUGAUGGGGACCUCGCCGGUACUUAGGAAAUUCGACCAUGCAGGAGCGCCAAGUUUCUGGCACCACAUCAACAUUAUUCUUUGGAACUUGACCUUUUUACAACAACCAUUGUUACGCGUCUGACUCAGCUUGACGUCGUCCUUGCUCCACGUUUCUGUGCUUCCAAGAUUGACCCGACCCAUUGGCGCGCAAUCAGGCGGAGAAAAGGACAAUGCAUGUACUUGAGGGUUGAACCAUGUGGACCCCCAUCUUGUUUUUCCACCGUCAAUCGAGGUAGCCUUAUCCCCGAGCAUAACCAAACCCCACGUUACCAACACUAGGUCAGAUUGUUGAAGCGGGCUUAAGCGCUUGCUAAAUUCCGGGGUGCAAAACAAGAGAGGACAUGUUUGCCAGAGGAUGACACUAGCCGGAUAAAGCCACCAUAGCGACAGCUUACCGGAAGAGGCAGCUUGUGUUACCACAAAUGCCAAUAUGCACUUGUCUCACUGCACUAGGGUCGGUGACAUCGGCUUGGGUGGGCAGUGAUUCGCGAAACUCGGCUCCGGCUGUAAGGACUUGCUAGCGAUCAGAUCAAAGUAAGACGGAGCGGCUUCAAUUACUGCAGAGCUGUGAGGAUCGCCAGUAAUGAUAUAAGAGGGAAUGCUCGUUCUGUCUCAACACAGCAAAAUCAUCAAUGUCUACAGAUCAUCAGCAAAACUUGGCAGAGCUUGCUACAUAAAAGCAACAUCCAUAUCCGUACUAUAUUGCAUUUAAAAAAUCACAUCGCUCACAGCAAACAUGGCAACCACGGAAGAAAACACCGCACUCCCCGCCACCAUGAAGGCCGUUGUGCUCACAGGCGUCAACCAACCCCUUGAGCUGCGCACCGUUCCCGUCCCGCAAGUCACACCCGGCAGCGUCAUCGUCAAGAUAAUCUGCACCUCCAACGACAGGGGCAUCCAGGAAGCCGCCCUCGGCCAUGCCAGAUUCACCUUCCCCAGGCCCAUGAUCCCGACGGCGCGCGCCGUCGGCCGCGUGGCGCAGAUCGGCCCCGACACCACCAGCCUGGCGCCGGGGCAGCUCGUGCUCGUGGAGCCGCACGUCCGGGCCCGCGACGACCCCGACGUGCAGAUCCUCUGGGGCAUGUGGGACGGCCCGUCGGCGCAGAGCAAAAAGUUUGCCCGCGACAACUGGACCGACGCCUGCAUGGCAGAGUACGUGCGCGCGCCGCUCGAGAACGUCUACGCGCUCGACGAGGCCAAGCUCUGCGGCCGCCUCGGCCACGCGCCCGAGGACCUCGUCCACCUCGCCACGCUCGCCAUCCUCCACGGCGGGCUGGCGGCGGUCGGCCUGCGCGCGGGCGAGACCGUGCUCGUCGCGCCGGCCACGGGCUACUUUAGCGGCGCCGCGGUGCCCGUCGCGCUGGCCAUGGGCGCGGGCGCCGUCGUGGCGGUGGGGCGCAACGCCGCGGCGCUCGAGCGGCUGCAGGCGACGUUUGGGGCGGAGCGCGUGCGCACCGUGGUGACGACGGGCGACGUCGAGGCGGACGCGGCAGCGAUGCGGAAGGCGGCGGGCCCCGUGGACGUGUACAUGGACGUGUCGCCGCCGGCGGCGUCGGGGUCGUCGCACAUGCGCAGCGGGUUCAAGGCGCUGGGCGUGGGCGCGCGCGCGGUGCUCAUGGGGUUCGUGCCCGACGACAUACCCCUGUCCUACACCGAGGCCAUGUUCAAGAACCUGACCGUCAAGGGCAAGUACAUGUACGAGCGGGAGGACAUGCGCGGCUUGAUCAAGAUGGCCGAGUCGGGCGUGCUGAAGCUGGGCAGGGCCGCUGGCGUGGAGAUCAUCGGGAGGUACAAGCUCGAAGAGUACGAGACCAUGCUCCAUGCGACCUCCAACAAUGGGGACGGGUCCAAGUUGAUCCUGACGAUGAUGUGAGUGGUUGCAACGGGCAUGUUGAUGAAGCAUAAUUAGGGGUAUAUUAUAGUAGACACAAAAGCUUAUUUGCUAUCAAAGUCUCGGCCAUGCCCAUUGGAAUAUAUGCAGCCCUGUCGCUUUUUUGUACGUCGAGUAAGUGAAGCCGCUUUGGGAUUGUGAAAGCUAAAUGUUUCCGAACUAAUGCCAAAGACCCAUUUUACCAUUCUCUAUGGCUUGUGAACAAACCCUUUUGCACCUAACUUUUCGCGGUUUUAAUACACUUAUUCUUGUCGGGUCAGCGCGAGAAACUACGACUCUGGGGUUCCCGAAUGCACCCGUUUUGGAAGGGGAUUUGUGUUUUUUUUUCAUUGUUCUUCCUGUCGUUGAAAUCGCCACGGAGACGGUAUACGCAG